AUGCACUUUCUACCCAUCAGGCCGACCUCCAAGAGGGACCUGUGCAUCAUCGCAGCAAUCUUUGUCACGGUUGUAUUAUUCCUGCAUAACCCGUUCCCUGACCACCUUAUUCGGCCGGGAGGCAGAGGUUCAAAAGCUUCAUCAACAGGUUUGAUGGGCGCGAUCCAAAACAGCACAUUAGGCUUUGAAAAGAUUUACGUCGUCGGCCUUCCAAGCCGUACAGACCGCAGAGAUGGCAUGAUACUUCAGGCCGCGCUGAGUGAGAUUGACAUCAACUUUGUUGACGGUGUGCCCGGCAACACCGUUGCUGAUAAAGCGAUACCAAAGACAAGCGAGCAUGAUCGCUUGCAUGAUGGUGCCAUAGGCUGCUGGCGCGGCCACAUGACUGCGCUCGAGGAAAUCGUUCGUCACAACCUAUCUUCAGCUCUCAUCCUCGAAGACGAUGUCGACUGGGAUAUCAGAAUCAGGCAACAAUUGCAUGACUUUGCUCUCUCGGCUCAGACCCUUACUCAGCCCCUUCCUGAUGGACCUUCAACCUACGCGGACCCAACAUACCCGAGGCCAGUUGAGAACUCGCCAGAGGUCGUCCCAGAUAUUCCUUUUGAUUUUCUACCAGCUACUGUAGCACCGAAAACAUCACCGUACGGAGACGACUGGGAUCUGCUUUGGAUCGGCCACUGCGGAAUGCACUUCCCAUUCCGAGACAAUAAGAGUAUACCGAAAGCUCGUAUCAUUCGCUCCAACGACGUAACAGUCGCUCCCAAGAAGAACUUAUGGACAUUCAACAUCCCGUUCACUCUGAAAGAGACAUACCCGGAGCACACGCGGGCAUAUCACCAUGCCCAGGAGGGUGUCUGCACGCUAGGCUACGCGGUUAGCCAAAGGGGAGCAAGGAAGCUCCUACACGAGGUGGCUUUGAAGGAUGUCAGUGAGGCGUACGACAUCCUCCUGAGGUUCUUUUGCGAGGGCGCUAAGGGGCGGAAACCACACAACUGCUUGACGACGCAGCCGGCUUUAUUCCACCAUCACCGGCCUGCUGGCCCCAACAGUGCGAUGAGCGACAUUGGGAAUCAUGGUGACGGUUUCAGAGAUGUUAGUAUGACGGAUAUGGUGAGAUGGAGUGUGCGUCUGAAUGCCGAUGCGCUUCUCGAAGGAAGGGCGGAUUUCGUUGACCAAUACCCUGAUGAUAAAUGA